AUGAUUGGAAAUCUGCUUAAGAUGCAGCAGGCAGUCAGCACAGAUGAUUUACCAUCUGCUUCGGAGAUGGCUGCAACAACUCUCGUCAAGCGUGCUUCCGUGGACGAAGGUGACACUAGACCAACGUGGAUUCGACAGCUUCAAUCCAGUGCAGACGCGUGGAAGUCGUUGCUCCCCGACCGUCUGAGACCCCUCGAAAGGACGGCCGAAAAUAUUGCUGAUCCUCUGUUCCGCUGCUUUGAUCGAGAAGUCAGUGCUGGUACUACACUCCUCAACACUGUUCGUGAUGACCUCAGUAACGUAAUCAAGGUGUGCUCAGGUACAACCAAGCCAACUAAUUAUCACCGCGACUUAAUGUCAGAUUUGGCCAAGGGUCUUAUACCCACAUCGUGGCGUCGCUACUACACAACACCAUCGACUCUAACUGUAAUCCAGUGGAUAAAUGACUUUGCGGCACGCAUUCGUCAACUGAUAGAGAUAAGCGAGGCAGCCUCAUCUGCAGAUCACGGUAACCUGCGCGGUCUGCGGGUCUGGCUGGGCGGACUCUUCAUGCCCGAGGCCUACAUCACGGCGACGCGGCAGGCUGUGGCCCAGACCCAUGGAUGGGCUCUUGAAGAGCUCUUCCUAAGC